CUUUAUAGUAAUAUUGGCAGCAUAUAGUGACAUGUAUUGAAAUCAUGUAGUGAUAUACACAAUUUGAUAUAUCGUUUAUUACAGCCUUCUACAUUUGUCUGGCCUGGUCCCGAUACAAAUCAGUCACCCGCUACGUGGAUGUUGAGCACCUCAUCUGAUGCUCCAAAGUCGUUGACAACGGUGGGUGAUGUCACAACUGAUAUCGAUGUCUAUUCAAACUCAAGCUCUGGGAAUCGCACUUCAACAAGAAUGGCACAGUCAGAAACGACUGCAGACAUAAAGGUGACACCAAUCAUGACAAAAACCUUUGGUGUGGACGGUCGUCCCGACAGAGUCUCCACAAGUGGGAAAAUAGCCGUGGCUUUAAAAGGGGGGCAAAUCAACAUCUAUGACAGUCGUGGUGUCUACCUCCUGCACUUCGCAACAGUCGUGGUGGAAGGGUGGGACAAGACUCAGAUCUACCCCCACGAUGUUGCUUUCGGUACCGCCUACAACGACGACGUAUGGGUCGUUGGCGGGGACAACGUGUCCCAUUACGUGGCGUUGUACGAUGUUGAAGGGACUUUCAACUUGAAAACGGUUUUGCCAUUCCCUGCGUCUCAACCCCUCGUAGACUUGCUCUGAACAGGGAGUACAAUCGAGCCGUUGUGACAGAAACGAUCGGGAAUCGUGGGGCAGUGAAGGUGUUCUUGAUGAACGGGGUGCUGGUUCGAAGUUUUGGCCGGCGGCAAGGCUUGAUGUACCCAACGGGCAUCGCAGUUGACAAAGAAGGCUACAUCCUAGUGGCACUCUCCCACACUGCCUACACCUACAUGUAUCAGGAAAAUGGGCGAUUCCUGCUCAAGUUUGCAGGGAAAGGGAGCAACAAAGGCCAGCUGAGCGUCCCCGUUGACAUCUGUACGGACAGUUCUCGUCACAUCAUCGUGGCUGACUCGGGAAACCAGCGGGUGGAGCUGUUCACAAGCCGCGGGAGGUUCAUCCGGCACAUCGCUACUGAUGUGGACCCGCUCAUCAGUAUUGCCAUGGGUACAGAAGGACAGUUGGUCAUGAUUGAAUCGCCGAAAGACAAAGUGACCAUUAUGAAAAUUUCUUGAAAUUUUGUGAGAUUAGUGCUCUUCGUGAUUUUAUCCAGUAUAUACAGUAUAUAAAAUAUAAUGUUACUGUGUAUAUAUUAAAAAACAACAACACAUGUUCUUGAAAUUAGAAAACAUAUGAAUAGUUCGAGCAUACAAGGUCUUCAUGUAUAGAGGCUUCUGUGUAACAUUGUACAAGUACAUCUAAGAUACUUUAAUUUAAUGAGUCCCAGUAUUCUUGAAGUAUUGGUAAGGCUACAUCUGCUAAUGUUGAAUUACAAAAGACGUUCUUAUUUAGAUUCUGAUGCAUACUAAUACAAAAUGUAAAAGGCUAAGCCAAAAUGCAUCUUCUGCACCAUGCCUCAAUGCCAAUUUCAUGAUUUUAAAGACACGUUUUAUGAAAAAAAAUAGGUAGACGAUCUUAAAGAAAAUUUUCAGGGGUGGUGGGAUUUCAGACUCUUGGUACGUCCUGUAAAGGAAUAAAAUUAAUCGCCAUUUUGACAUUCUUUUUUAUAGACAAUUACAGUAGGACCAAUGCGCAAACAAAAUUUGUAUCAAAUUUAUUUCAACUAGCACAAAAUAACGACAUAAUCAAUUUGUCUAGACUCUACAUGCAUGUAUCUUAUGUACAAGACUUAUGCAUACAAUUGACCUGUUUAAAAUGUUAUAUUUUGCCUAAGAGGUACGUCGUUGAAUAGAGCAACGGGCUCUCAAAUACGUAGGGAGGGAGACUGAUUCACAUGGCCUAGUCUUGUAUAAUUAUCUAAUUCUUUUCCGGCCGUUUUCAGAUUAAGCCUCUGUAUGUAUCUGUAUACAUGUAUCACAUGUUGUUUUUGGAUUAAUUUAGUUUUAUAACUAUUUCCAUGACACGGACUAAAUCGUGCGACAAUGACAAGACUGGAGCUGUUCAGUCGAAAGUUGGGAACGUCCAAUUUUCGUGUUGGAAAUUGCAGCUUAACUUUUCCAGAAUGUCAUCUACCAACACUGAUGAACUUUCAAGUUAAAAUUCGUUAUAUUUUUGAAAAAAAA